AUGGAGGUGGACGUGUACGGUCGGCAGCUACACCAUCUGUGCUCUGCUGAUGACAUCGCUCUGAUAACAUCUAGCGUCAGCCAGGCGGAACGAAUCCUGACCGAAUUCGACGAAACAUGUGAAUGCAUGGAGUCUCUCGGAAUGCGAUUCCUGGUUAUCCUAAGCAUUUUGUUGGAAGGAAUGGAAGCUAAAACGUUUGUUUUUGGAGCGAGUACAAGAUUCACGCACCUGAAAAACUGGCUGAACCAGGAUUAUCCUUGUCAAGGAGAUCGGAUAAUAUUUGAGCAGAACAAAAAGACAGUAACAUUUGUUGAUGAAAACGUUCAGGUGACAUCGAUGCUUCUCCCCGAUGUUGGCGCUAUCAUCUUCUCUGACGAUUCAGUGCUCGGCGAGAAGAGUCGUUGGCAAUGUACCCAUCGUAAAAGCCCCGAAAACGUCUUCUUCCAAUCUGACUCGGAGUUUGCUGGGUUCAGUGACCCAUCAACUUGGCUUCCUGACGACAAGCCGCUGCUGCACAUGAACAUGGUACCGGGGGCCAAUGAUGAUGUCAUUUUCCACGACAUGGGCGCCUUCCAAAUCUCCAUCGACGAUCAGGUUACAGUAAACAGUCUACGAAUGUCGCGUGAUUGGGUGAGUCAACCUGUCAACGUAGCGUAUGUCCUCGUUUAUUUACACGAUUCGAAAAUAACGGAUUCCUAG